AUGCCUGCACGACGAGUUUCAGGAAACUGCGAAAAGUGCCACAUGCCUUACAAUUCUGCUAGAGCAUUGAGGACCCACUAUGCAAACUCGACUUUUUGCGAGCCCAAGAAAGCAAGAACAGAAGACACUCCCUUAUCGAAUAGUCAAGAACGAUCCCAGGCAAGCAUGCAUUCACAAGACGAUACUCCAACGGCUACCACAAGUAAUCAAGGAAAUCAGUCAUUACAGCAGCAUGCUGCAGAGCAAAGAAUAGAACUGCCAUCAAUUGAGUCCUUUUCAUACUACAGUAGCUUCACUCUUGAACAAAAGGAAGGCCUUCGACAUGUAUAUGAUCUUGACACCCUCUCUUACGCCACUGAUUUUAAUGAAAGUGAAUUGCUUUCAUUGAAGCUCCGUGACAUAUUCGACAAGUAUCCAGCAUCGAGAGAAAUGAGUCGUGAAAGUAUAUACUUUACAAAUACAAUCAUUAAGAAUAUAGCAGAGGCAGGAGGUGGCACUGAAAGAGGCAUUGUAUUUCCAAAGCUGAUUCAGUUCGAUACUCUAGAGGCGCGCAUGAGAAAGAAGACAAGCGUACAAGCAUUCAUCUACAAGGUCUGUCCUCAAGGCUGCAAAGUUUAUCCCAAGAACGAUACAUCAGUCCAAGGAGUGUGCAAUCACUGUGGAACUCCCAAAAGCGAAGCACAAAAUAUGAAGGUCUUGAGCAUCGGUGAUCAGCUAGCAAGAGUCUUGAGUGACAAGUCCAAACGAGGUGAGCUCAUGUCGUAUCGACGUAACUACCAACAUGAUCCACAUUUUUACCGAGACUACUUUGACGGUCAAGAGUACAUUAACUUUCAACAAAGACGGAAAAGACAUGGCACCAACGUAGAUGAGGAACCUAUUCUGCUUGCCUUGUAUGUCGACGGCUUCAAACCCCAAAGCAACUCUUUUGCUGGCGAUACCUUAACGCUAUUCCACGUUGUAAUUUUGUCAGCCCCUCCACACCUCAGAUACUUGGAUGACUGGACUGUUCAGACAAUGAUUGCACCCGGCAAGAAGGCUCCAGUGGAUCUUGAAAGCUACUUGGCUAUUUUUGUGGACGAAAUUCGUGAUCUUAGUGAACAUGGCAUGCUGGUUCGAGUGAAUGGUGGUGAAGUUGCCCGAUUUGGCUGUAUGAAGUGCCUCAUAGACACACAAGGAGGCCAAUGCUUUACUCGCACAAUCAGAAAUUUCCAAUACAGAACUCUCGAACAACUGAAAGCACCACUGCCUGUUGGCGUAAAACAUGUGUUUAACAUCAAAGGACCAUCCAUAUUUACCACUCUCAAGUCUUUUCCUGCCAACCCAUCGUUCUACGGUCUCGACACGCUUCACCUACUGAGCAUUGGAUUAGCUAAGCAUUUGUACGAGCUCUUGUCUUCUCCAUUGCAUCCAUCCAAGUUUGAUAACCGAUACAAGCCCUCUAUCGAAGAGCUGAAAGAAGCAAAGCUUGAUAAAGCAAGUGCCUGGCCUUACACCUUUGAUUUAGAUCCCAAAGUUCUGGCAAAGAUCGGUCAGUAUGUGGCUCAGUCAAAGAAGACCAUUCCAACUACCUUCAAUGCACCAUUCAACGACAUUUUUGCACCAGGAGGAGUUACCAACUACCGAGCAGUUGACUAUGAAGAGUUCAUGAUUUUCAUUGUUCCAGCCCUGAUAGCACCACACUAUCCUGACUCAAUCAGAAAACCUCUUCUGGGUAUCGUUAAAGUGGCAGCUUUGGUAUUGCAGAAGAAUGAAUUGCAUGCUUCAGACUUACAAUUCAUAGAAGCUAAGGUUAACGAUUGGCACAAACUGCUGAUCACUGAAAUCAAAGCCAAACGCCUUCCUAUCAAGACCUUUCGACCAAACGCCCAUUAUUUAGGACACUUGACUUACAUGAUCAAAGCGCAAGGUUUACCGGCUUCCACUUCCAGUCGAUCUAUCGAAAGAUCCAUCGGCAGGUACAAACGCUUGAUAAGUGCUCGCACAAAUGUUGGUAUAAAUGCCGGAAACAUCAUUGAUCGUUUGGCAAUUAUGCGAGCCAUCAAGGCAUCUACAACUGGUGAUGGUACAGGCGAUGGUGAAGACAAACUGAAUGAUCUGGAUGCUCGAAUCAAUCUCUUAGUGCCUCGACGAUACGAUCCAACUACCUUCGUAAAUCUAAAGAAUGACAAUGGCAACGGAAGUCAGCUCUGGUAUCCAGUCAUCCACACAACGGUUUCAAGUAUCCCAACCUCCAUCAACGUCAACACACCUCUUUUUGUCAAGGCUAUACAGUCCUACUACGACCGGCAAUACUCAACUAAUGUUCUGCAGAAUGUCCAUAUCAAUGAUCAACUGGAUAUUGUCGUCUCUGGAAGUGCCUGGGCUUACAACUGCACUUAUCGUUCAGAAUACUAUCGCGAUCUCACCGGUGCUAAUUCUAGAGGAAGCCACUACAUCAUGGUAUGGGCAGAACACUUGAGUAACUCUCGUCGCAAGGUCAAAGCUUUCUAUGUAGGGGCUGUUAUUUUCAUGUUCAAGCUCGAAAUUGAGGGGAUUGGCGAUGAGUUGUUCUUGCUUAUUCGAUUAGGAAAGACUCAUGCUGUUGACGACAAAGACAAGACGAUGCCCAUAGUGGAGCUGGAUGAUGACCAGGAUUCAUCCGCAUAUCUGGUGUGCACAUUUGAGCAGGUCAUUUGCCAAGUUGGUCUGAUGCGUUUUAGCGAGAAUGACAAGAGAUAUAAAGUGAUAACGAAGGAAAAGGUUUUCCGGGCCUCGAUAGAGACUUAUAAACCUGGAAAAAACUCAUUUGUGCUACCUCAAUAA